GCCCCUCGCUUUUUGUUCUCCCUUUGAUUAAAACGUCAAAACCACCAACCAAAAAAGCCUUUGUUGCAGUCAACGGCAAAAGGUUUCAACUUUUUCUGGCCCUUCAAUUCCGUUUUCCCUCACAGUUUCGAUCUGGUCAUGGUGAUGACGGCGCCAGUGAUUGGUUCGUUAUCGUGUUCUUAGGCCCGCUCCGAUUCACUUCCUCUAUUCUCCCUUUGCGUCGCCAUAUAAUAUUUCUCACCUGUACCUGAUGAGGAACGGAAUCGAGAGCCUGGGCGAGUCUUCGAGUUCAGCGCCUUGGAUCCGUCCAAAGGAUACGGAAGAUGAUCGGAUGAUUGCUCUUGUCCUGUCCGAAGAGUACGCUAACCUAGACGGCGCUGUCGGUAGACGCCUAUCUAGCCUUGCUCCCAUCCCCCAUGUUCCCAGGAUAAAUUCUUACAUUCCCAACUUAAGUGAUGCUAGCUUGGAUCACCAGCGCCUUCUUCAGAGGCUCAACGUUUACGGUUUAUGCGAAAUGAAGGUCUCUGGUGAUGGAAACUGCCAGUUCCGAGCGCUGUCAGACCAGCUGUACCGUUCUCCAGAGUACCACAAGCAUGUUAGGAAAGAAGUUGUCAAACAGCUCAAGGGCUUUCGAUCUAUGUAUGAAAGCUAUGUUCCAAUGAAAUACAAACGCUAUCAAAAGAAAAUGGCAAAGUUGGGAGAAUGGGGAGAUCAUGUCACCCUACAAGCAGCGGCUGAUAAGUUUGCUGCAAAGAUCUGCCUCUUGACGUCCUUCAGGGACACUUGCUUCAUCGAAAUAAUGCCUCGGAUGCAAGCACCUAAGCGGGAGUUGUGGUUAAGUUUUUGGUCACAGGUGCAUUAUAACUCACUAUAUGAUAUUCAAGCUGCUCCACUUCAGCAGAAGCCAAAGAGAAAACACUGGUUGUUCUAGAUUGCGUUUGGUCGGUCAAUGGUUACACCAGAGAUAGAUUUUUAAUUUAUCUCACAUUUGUGCAUAUUAUCACCAUUUGUUCAUACACAUGCAUGGAUCAUUUGAAAUUUAUUGGAUUCCGUAGAUAAUUGUUGUAGAUGUGGCGCACUUGAUAGGCCUUGGAGAGGUUGGAAUCUAUUUUUCGGACACCCGAAUCUGAAUCCGAAGAUCACGUCCGAAUCGAA